AUGGCGACUAUCAAGAACAGGGCGGUGGCCAUCGUGAACCCCAGCAAGUCCCCCAGGGACUGGAAAGUUUACACCAUCACCGACCCUGUUGCUGCCUCGUCGCUGUUUGGUGUGCUUGGUGAUUUUUUCGAGCCGGUCCCGGAGGGCACCGCGGUGGCCAAGCCCGAGCAGGAGGCGCGCCUGUGGAUGAUCGACCUCAAAACGCUGGAGCUGUACAGGGGGCGGCCCGAGCCCGACGCGGCUGCCGUUCGGCGCGUGCUGGUGGACGGCGCCGGGGCCCAGUUUCGAAACGUCAAGCGCUGCUACCUGCAGGAGCUCAAGGAGAUGUGGGAGGACGCGCUGCGCGGCAACCGCCUGAGCAGGGAGGAGCCGCCCGACCCGCUUCACGAGAUAAGGCAGCGCAUGCUGGACGGCGUCCCGCCGCGCGUCAUCGACCCCGUCGACGGCGCCCGCUUCGCCACGGCAGUGGACUUUGCGCGCCACCUGGUGCCCGAAGCGCCCUGGCGCGAGUUCCCCGGAGAGUUUACUGUGGCGCAAGGGGAGGCGCUGCAGGAGCGCAUCAGCCGGCGCUCGGCAGAGUGGGCCAACCCUCCAGGCGAGGUGCAGGUCGCGCUGCCGGACAACUUCCACGACGUGAAGCUGCUGCUGAAGUGGGCUGCUGUGCUGCUGUCUGGCAGCGAGACGCCCUCGGUCGAGGCCAGGGCUGGCGCCCUGAGGGCCGUGGCGCUGGCGACGCAGGGCCUGCGCGCCAGGCUCACUGCAGCACCCUGA